AUGCUCUAUGGGAACCGCUCUUUGGAGGAGCGGUUUGGCAAGCUUUCCGGGCGAUCCUUACAAGACCAGAUCUUCACCACAUACGAGGAGAAGUACACAGCCGACAACUACAAAACAGCAAAGGCCUUGAAGAACAAGUUGAAAGCUUUCAGAAUCUUCGAUGAGUGGUGCGAAUUUUUUGGAAAGGAAGCUGAUUUUCUGUCUUCUGACAUGGCCUCUGCAGAGAUGCCUAUUCGCAACAUCAAUGCAUUCGGCUCUUGCUUAGAGAACUUUGCUGGUGGUAAUCAUGCGGAAGACCUUGGCUACGUUUUGAUGGAGAUAUCCAAGCUGUGCGUGCCAGCCUCAGCGCAAGAGAAGUUGGGAGUCAUUAUGGCUGGUUCCAUUUUUGUCAAGAAGGUUGUGAAGGCUGCGUCGGCGGUGACUGCUCCUGUGGAAGGGCAAGGGACCAAGAGGAAGGCUGCUUCUUUGCCUGACUUUCAGCCCAAGAAAGCGGCAAAAGCCAAAGCAAAGGGCAAGGCCAAAGCGAAAGCUACGGCAAGGCCUGGGCCUGAUAGUGUGGGUGGCGUGGAGACGGCAGAAGACUUGGAAGCAGACAUUGUGAUGCCUGCAACUGGCGGCCAUCGCCAAAGGAAGUGGCUUGAUGAUGUUUUGUCUGCCGUGAAGAAAGCAUCGGCUUUGCCAGGAGAGAGCGUUAGCGAUGGCUUUGAGAGCUACGGUUCCUCGUCACGGAGCAUCGCCAUUGCGCAGGCAAUCCAGGUUUCAUUGCGGUUUGCUUUCACUGGUGGCAUCCAGCUCAAUGGCAAGUACCAGAAAGAUUGGAGCAAGGUACGGCCCGCAAUUCAAUCCCUGCUGCGGAAGGCUGUGGGCAGGGGCACCAACGGGAUUGACCAAGUCUUCUCAGACAUGAUGGUGGGAGCAGCUGAGGAGGAGAAGAAGACCAAUGUUGAUGGCUCCAACUCCAAGCUUGACCCUGCCUUUGUUCUGAAGUCUCUUCUCAAGAACGAAGCUGUUGUGCAGGCAUGCCAGUCCUGGGUGCAGUUGAACAAUUCCAAUGAAGUCCAGAACCAUCCAGGAUUUGGCAAGCUCCUCAAAGAGCUGAUGACUGGAACUGGGUGCACCUGUGAGGAAUGGGAUGCGGCCGAAUGUCCGCUCCAUGAUUCCAGCACCACCAUUGCUGACUUUGUGUGGGGCGCUUCUGAUUGCCUCCGCUAUUCAGAAUGCGUGCCCAUCGCGGUGCCUGUGUUGGCCAGCAGCUGCCUCAUGAAGGUUGAGUCGGAUGUUGCAGCCUAUCAUGAGAGACGGAAGCGUGCAUCUGAGGAGCACGAGAAGUUCACUGAGAAGGCAGGGGGGUUACAAGUGGCUACAAGUCUACAAGCUUGGGUGUGUGUCUGUGCGUGUGUUUUGUCUUGGACUUUGACUUGGACUGUGUUUUGUUGGUCCAAAGUGCAUUCAUUCUGCCAGUCUUCCAGUCUUCCAGCUUUUUCCGUUCAAGCUCAGCUUGAGUCACUGAGUCUGAUUCUGAUUGUGGUCAGGAGCCAGAUGCCGUUGCAAUUUUGGGCAAACAGGCCAAGUUCAUGA